AUGAUUGCUGCAGCUGCUGGCAUGGGUGCCCUUUUGUUUAUUGCCUUUAUCGCUUUAGUUCCACCUCUUGCAUGGCAUAUUAAGUGUGCUAACAUUCCAGCUAUUAUAUUAAUCAUUUGGUUAAUGUACGUUAAUUUAAGUGGAUUUAUCAAUACUAUGAUCUGGAGUGGUGACAACUUUAUAACUUCCUGGGAUGGCAUUGGUUGGUGUGAUAUCAUUGUUAAAUUAGAUGCAGGGGCAACAGUAGGUAAAUGUUGUGCUAUUGCUUGUUUGGCUAUGAAUUUAUACUUGAUUUUAGAAGCCCGUCGUCCACUUUUCUUAGACCAAAAAUCAUGGAAAAAGAAAGCAGUUGAUUUGGCUAUUUGUUUAAUUACUCCAAUAUUUGUUAUGGCUGUUCAACAUAUUAUUUUGAUUAGAAGAUAUGCGGUUAUGAAAUACCAAGGAUGCAAGGGAGUUUACUCUACAACAUAUGCUAGUAUUGGUUUAUUUUCUAUGUGGCCAGUAAUUUGGAGUGGAGUAGCAUUCAUAUUUGCUUGUAUGACUGUUCUUGCAUUCUUUAAGAAAAGACAAGAUGUCAAAGAUAUUCUUGUUGUCACCAAUUCUGGUUUGAAUAUGAAAAGAUUUGCCCGUUUAUUGAUUUUUGCUUUCUUGAUUAUAUUUGCAAUGUUGCCAUUGUCUCUUUACUUCUGUAUCACACAAGCAAUAAUUCUGCAGCAUGAUUUCCACUGGAGUGAUUAUCAUAACGAGAAUUGGGGAGAUAUCUACUUUUCAGAUGAUGGUUAUGUCUUUAUGUAUGAUAGGUUGAUUAAUGCUAUUCUUUCAAUUAUCGCAUUUUUCCUUUUUGGAUUGGGAUCUGAUGCAAUCAACACCUAUAAAACUACCCUUAGUAAAGUCGGUAUUAAAUUUGGGAAAAAGUUCAAUAAUGAUCUGAAUCCAUCAGUUAACGAACAAGCUUUAGUUUCAUCCAUGCAGCCCCAAACCAAGGUCAACACUAAUAAAUCACAAUUCAGUAGCAUUACUACUUUUACCAAUGCAUCUACAAUGCGUGACAUUGAGAAUCAAUUUGGUGAUGUGCUUCAAGAAAUCAUGACGGAUGAAACUAAAGCCAUUGGAUUUGAUGAUGUUAAAACUGAUCCUCAACAAUCACCAGCUAAAGGUGGUGACGUUGAAGUUCAAUUGAGAGAAAUCCUUGAAACUGUUGAUUCGCCUAGCGAACAUUUCUCAUACAAGUAUGAGGUCCAACAGAAACCUCACAACUAA